UUUUUUAUAUGGGGAGGCCGGAGGCUCCUUGCCCCCUCCCCCCUUUCCACUUGCCUAUCUAUGUUAAACUUCUUGGAUUGUCCUAUGUACAGUUAAGUCUUUGGCCCAGUGCUUGCUACCUAUGUUAAACUUCUUAGAUUUGAAAGUCCACAUAUAUCGGAUAUUUCGAGCGAAUUAUUCUUUGUUCGUUGUAACAUUUAUCCACACUUCCGUUUUGGUGGAAAAACAGCGCGGGGAAAAAACAAAUUGUCUAAAUUUACGGAAAAUGUCUUUUGUAUCAGAGGUUUUGUCCUGUGCAGGACAACUUGAGGCAAAAGAAAUUCAAGGAAAGGUAGAAGUAUUGGGGAAGAAGAUGAAGGAUUUAAAACUGGAAGUCUAUGAAGUCACAAAAGGAAAGUAUGUUGAUUUCUUUCCACAGAGACUUCAAACAACAUCAGCAUUGAUAGAGAAUGUGAACAAAGUGUCAGGGGAUCUGAAGGAGGCAAAGGAAAAAAUACAAAAUGAGGUAAAAAACCAGCUUACUCUUUCAAAGGAUGUCCUUACUUCUUUGAAGGGAGAGUUGGAGAAUCAUAAAUGUGUUCUAGUUAUAUUAGAGAGAUUGGUGCAGAUACAGGACAACCUAGAAAGUUCUGUGUCUGCCAACAGAAGACAAAAUUACACUGAAGCUGCCUCCUCAUUGCUGAAAGCAAAUUUACUCCUGGCGACACCGCUGGAGGGCUUUGAUGAUAUACAGAUUCUACAGGCCUUGCAGACAGAGUGCUUCGUGCAGAAAGAGAAGCUGAUAUUUGAAAUGACAGAGAAAUGGAAACAGUUGGUCACCUGGAACUCCAAUGAUGCAAACAUUCAAAAUAAAUCCAGACAAGUAUUUCAGCUUGAGCUGAUGUCAGGAGAAAAUGUGCUGAUGGAAUUGAUUGGAGCAAUGGAGGUAUUAGGAGUUCUGGAAUCAACUUUGAAAACUUUUGGGAACAGAUUAGUUUCAAACCUGUUCAAGCCCUGUAUUGUAAACUCAACAGCCACUGUGAAGGACUCUCCAUGUAAUGUUGUUAUAGUAACAGUCAACAAUGAGAAGAAUCCAGUUCCGCCCCCUCCCAAACAGAUGUACAUGAAUGUCAUGACCAUCAUCCAGGUCUUAGAGGAUUAUUUCAAAAACGUGACAAUUCAGGAUGGUACAAAUAUCUUAUCAUAUAUAGGCAGGAAUGUUUCACAGGAAAUAUUAGAGUUAAUUGUCAAAGAAUGUUUAACACCAGCAAUUCCUCACAAUAGUAAGGACAUGUCAGAAUUUGAAGCAAACUGCAUUGAACCAACCAGAUCUUUCCAGGGUACCCUGGUGAAUUUGAAGUUCAUUCUAGAAGAUGACAAUGCUCUUGAAGAAUUUGUAAAGAACAUAGAUGUCCUCUUUGUCAAUAAAAAAUCCCAGGGCAUUUUGUUGCGAGCUAGAGAGCUUAUGAAGUCUGAACUACACAACAUGGUGAGAGUUUCUGAUGAGUAUCCUUUAGGUGAAUUGGCAGAUAAAGAAGCUCCCUCGGGUAGAAAAUCCAGAAAACUAGAGCUCGCAAGCUCAUGUCAGCUGAGUGCAGACACAUUCAAGCUUCCAGCUUGUCAGAUCAGUGUGUGUACACAACAGCUUAUGACCCUGGCUUAUGAAACUCUUGAGGAAGCUAUCAGUAGUUCCCAGGAUUGUGCAGUACAACUCUUCUUUGCUGUCAGAAACAUGUUUGAGCUUUUCUGUAGUGUGUAUCCAACAGCUCACCAGAAAGCACUGACCCUUUUCCCUCAGAUGAGUGCUGUGUUCAACAAUGACUGCAUGUAUGUAUCACAUCACCUGUCCACCAUAGGGCAUCAGUUCAGCAAGUCCCUGCCCCAGGAUGUGCAGGCGACAUUCGUAGACAUGAUGCCAAAGAUUCGUCGUCUGGGUACAGACACCAUGUUACAACAACUGAACUCGCAGAAAGACAUCAUGAUGGAAUAUCUGCAGGCAGCCAAGGGGUUUGUCAGUGUGUCUGAGGGUUCAAAUUUUGCUAGUACAGAAAAAGCUGUCAAACAGGUGCUCCACCAGCUGCAACAUCUGCAGAAAGUAUGGCAGGAAAUUCUACCAGUCAAUCAGUACAGAAGGUCAAUAGGUACUCUUCUAAACACAGUUGUUAUUGAAAUCAGUGAUAGAGUGAUCAGUUUGGAGGAUAUUUCUGCCUCAGAUGCCUCCCAGCUGGCUUCGCUAAUGUCACUCAUCCAAAAAAGGGCUGGUCCUCUGAUGAAAUCGACCAAUGAUGAUGGAGAUGUGAAUGUUACAAUUGAACUCCAGCGUAAUGUGUCAAAAUGGCUGCAGUUCACGGAAAUAGUUACUGUAUUGAAUGCAAAUCUUCUCGAGAUAAAUGAUAGAUGGGCUGAUGGCAAAGGACCUUUAGCUAAUGAACUUACAGCUUCUGAAGUGAAACAGAUGAUCAGAGCUUUGUUUCAAAAUACUGACAGACGAUCAACAAUUUUGGCAAAAAUAAGAUAGUUUCAAACAGCAAACAACACAGAAUUACAAUUGUGCAAUUAAUAUAUUGGAUUGUAUUUUGACAUUUAUUUAUUACAGGUGCUUGUUGACUAAUUUUAAAUUCAUUAAAUGUAAAAUUGCAA